CCCGAGAAGAAGAAACCACCGGCGGAGCUUCAGCAAACUCAAGAGCCUCCAAGAGCGAACGAAAUGGUGCAGCGCAGGAUUAGACUGAGGGAAUUGCAAGAGAAGACGCUGAGGAAGCUGGAAGAGCAGCUCCGGGAGGAUAGGAGACGGAAGACUUCGUCUGGCACGCUUCACGUGGUGAACAAGAGUAGGCUUGGAGAGGGGGAAAACCAAGAACCGUCCCAGACCGAAGUCGAGACGAAAAAGACAAAACAGUGGACGCUAAUGAAAGGAAUCAGCCAUGAAGACCCUAUAAGGAAUUUCGUGGGGCAGCAACAGGAGGAGGAGCAGAAGGGUGAGAAAAUGGAAUCUGUGAAGUGCGAGAAUGAAGGAAUGCCUGGCAACCUCGGAGGCCAGCUCGAGGAAGACAGCGGCCAGCUUACAGAGAUGCAACAGCAACACGACAACCAUGAAGAGGAUCCGUCAGAAACGAAGAUGACAAACGAAGACGACAUCGCCCGUUCUCAGUUGCAGAAGCAAAACCAAGAACUAGAACCAAAGCUUGUUGAGCCACAGAAGGAUGAAGAGGAGCGGGUGCCGGGACCAUCCGAAAGGCCCGCCUCAGAGAAGGAGAAAGCGACGCAAGAGGCCCCCAGCAGGGGACUCCCAGAAUUCCCUUCUCCCCGGGAAAAGGACGAGGAGGGAAAACGCCUCGAGCGCUGGGAGAACGUGGAAACGGAGAGCGAGUCCGAUUCCAGCCAGGAGCGACAGGACGAACGCUCGGUUCCGUCGCUCGAGGUCCACGAGCAAAAUGCCGUGCAGGAAGAGGCCACGGGACACGAGGUGGUACCCUCAAAUGAAGAGGACGCUGGCCAUCUUCAGGACGAGGAGCCAAACGAAGAACUGAAACCGCCCACGACUGAGACGAAAAACGAACAGGAACAGGUGCAGGAGCCAUCUCUGUCGCACGCCUCGGAGAAAGCCACGACGCAAGAGGCGCCCAGCAGGGAACUCGGAGAGGAUCCGCAGGAGAACGAGAAUUGCUUCGGGAGCGGAGACGGCGUGGGGACGGGGAGAAGUCUCGGCUCGAGAAAGGAGCUGCCGAACGAACACCGAGUUCUGAUACACGACUUUCGAGAGAAAAAAACCGUGCCGGAUGAGUUCAUGGCAAGCACGACGAAACCUGUACGUGAAGAGAGUUCCGACCAUCACCCGGCCGAGAAGCAAAACGAAGAACUCGAACUUCAGUCGACGAUGGUAUGUGCACGGAUCCCCAAAAUCUUGAAAUGGCAGACAUACGUUGGCUCCUCGAUCUGGGAGCAAAGUGGACGUUAUAGCGUUCUUCCACUCGGUUUUCACUACCCUCCUUACGCUUACCUAUCCGCACCGGUGUUCGUGGUCGGCGUCCGGAAUCCCCUCGCAGUCGCAUCUCCCGCUUCCCGGAGGACCUCCAUAUACACGGAUUAA